GCCUUCCCAAAAGACCUUCCGCACGAAGCGCAUUCUCGCUAAGGCCGGACGCCAGAACCGCCCCAUCCCCCAGUGGUUCCGCCUGAAGUCGGACACCAAAAUUCAGUAUAACGCCAAGCGCCGCCACUGGAGGCGCACCAAGCUCAACAUCUAAGCUGCCCACUCCCCGCCUCGCCCUGCUUAUCAGUCAUGCUGCUGUUGUAGCUGUAUUAGGGGCUCAGAGGAUGACGCCCGGGAGGGCGGUCGGAAAGCAGACCAGGCCUCGCGCUCACCAUCGAGACUUUGCAUCCGCAUCACCACGCACUCAUACUCACAUGUAUUGCUCUGUUACUGGCCCAUGGCAUAUCCGCUAAACCAUUUGCAUGCGCUAUGAUAUCUCUUUC